AUGGAGUCUCUUCUCAUGCCGUCAUCAAGUUACGCACUUUCUUUGUCGAAGCCAUCUUUUCCAACAUUCCAGACUCCAUUUUCCAGACCUUUAUCCCAAAAAAACUCAUCAAGAAAAAACCGCCAAAGAGUUCAUGGAAGCACCAAAGUUGGCAGCUUUCUUGAUAUAAAGCCCAUGCCAAAGCCCAAACCAUUGGACUUUGACCUCCCUCUCUUCAACCCUUCAGACAAAACCCAUUUCGACGUGAUCGUAAUCGGGACCGGCCCAGCCGGCCUCCGUCUUGCCGACCUCAUCUCCCGACACGGAAUCAACAUAUGCUGCGUCGACCCUUCCCCACUUUCCACGUGGCCCAACAACUACGGCGUUUGGGUCGAUGAGUUCGAAACUUUAGGACUCGGCGACUGUCUCGACAAAACGUGGCCCACGGCCUCUAUCAUCAUAGACGACCGUAACACCAAGCACUUGGACCGCCCUUACGGAAGAGUCGAUCGAAAGGCGAUGAAAACGAGGUUCCUCUCCAGUUGCGCCGCGAACGGCGUAUAUUUCCACGCGACAAAGGCGUGGAAAGUCGAGCACUCAGAAUUCGAAUCUCUCGUCUCGUGUGUCGACGGUUCCGAGCUCCGCGCGAGCCUCGUCGUCGACGCGAGCGGGUGCUCGACCAACUUCGUCGAGUACGACAAGCCGAGGAACCCCGGUUUUCAAAUCGCGCACGGGAUUUUAGCCGAGGUUGACUGGUACCCUUUCGACGCGAACGAAAUGCUCCUCAUGGAUUGGAGAGACUCCCACUUGGAAAACGAGCCGGAUCGGAAUUACGCGCCAAAAAUUCGAAACUCCCGACUUUUCUCUACGCGAUGCCGUUCGACUCCAACUUGA